GUGUGAGAUGGCCGUGGCUCCCAGAGGAAGCGCACCAGGUCCGGUUAGGCUGUGCGUUGGUGAAUGCAGACCAGAGCUCCGGGCCCAGUCCUCCCAGCUCUACUCCUUCGUGACCCCCUCCAUGUUGGCGCUGACCCCAGGCAGAGGACCUGAAUCCGGGGGCACCAAAGUCACCAUAGUCGGGGAGAACCUGGGAGCCGGCAGCUCGGUGAAUGUGUACUUCGGUAAUCAGACCUGUGAGCUGUACAGGAGGACGGCGUCGGAGAUUGUGUGCUUCUCUGCGCCCUCGGUGACGGGGGCGGGGCCAGUGCCGGUCAGUUUGAGGGUGGACCGGGCCAGAGUUCCUGGGAGUCUGGCCUUUGAGUACAUCGAGGAUCCGACGGUGCAGCGCAUCGAGCCCCUGUGGAGCAUAACCAGUGGACACACCACCCUGACGGUGACCGGGACCAACCUGGACGUGGUUCAGGAGCCGCGAGUCCGAGUCAAAUAUGCCGGCCACGAAUCCGUCAAUGUUUGCAAAGUGCUGAACACGACCACCAUCAGCUGCUUCGCUCCCUCCCUGAAGGCCGAGCUCACCGCCGACCAGGAGUCCAUCAAACGCGUGGACGAGUUCGGCUUCGUCUUCAACAACGUCCAAGCCCUGCUCACCUACAACAACACCAGCUUCGUCUACUACCCCAACCCGUACCUGGAGCCCCUCAGCCUGUCGGGGGUUCUGGAGCAGAAACCCGGAGCUCCCAUCAUCCUCAAAGGACGUAACCUGGUGCCGUCGGCGUCUGGUGGAGCCCGGCUGAACUACACGGUGCUGAUCGGGGUCACGCCCUGUUCCCUCACCGUGUCCGACACUCAGCUGCUCUGUGAACCACCGAACCUCACCGGGCAGCACAAAGUCCUGGUCCAAGUAGGAGGCCUCCACAUCUCACCCGGAGAAGUUCACAUCCGCUCCGACAGCCUGCUCACGCUCCCGGCCAUCUUCAGCAUCACGGCUGGAGGAGGCCUGCUCCUCAUCAUCGUGGUCAUCGUCCUCCUGGCCUACAGACGCAAGUCCCACGAGAACGACCUGACUUGUAAACGGCUGCAGAUGCAGAUGGACAACCUGGAGUCCAGAGUGGCUCUCGAGUGCAAGGAGGCGUUUGCAGAGCUCCAGACGGACAUCAACGAGUUAACCAGCGAUCUGGACAGAGCUGGCAUCCCGUACCUGGACUAUCGAACUUAUGCCAUGAGGGUUCUCUUCCCCGGCAUCGAUGAUCACCCUGUGCUCAGAGAGCUGGAGGUGCCGGGGAGCGGACAGGCCAACGUGGAAAAGGCCUUGAAGCAGUUCGCUCAGCUGGUGAAUAACAAGCUCUUCCUGCUGACAUUCAUCCGCACUCUGGAGCUGCAGCGCUCGUUCUCCAUGCGCGACCGCGGCUACGUGGCCUCGCUCAUCAUGACCGCGCUGCAGGGACGGCUGGAGUACGCCACCGACAUCCUGAAACAGCUGCUCUCAGACCUGAUAGAACGCAACCUGGAGAGCAAGAACCACCCCAAGCUGCUUCUCCGCAGAACGGAGUCGGUGGCAGAGAAGAUGCUGACAAACUGGUUCGCCUUCCUGCUCCACAAAUUCCUCAAGGAGUGUGCCGGCGAGCCUCUCUUCAUGCUGUUCUGUGCCAUCAAACAGCAAAUGGAGAAGGGACCCAUCGACUCCAUCACCGGAGAGGCGCGCUAUUCCCUCAGCGAGGACAAGCUCAUCCGACAGCAGAUCGAAUACAAGACGCUGACGCUGAGCUGUGUGAACCCAGACAAUGAGAACAGCCCAGAAAUCCCUGUCAAGGUGCUCAACUGUGACACCAUUACCCAGGUGAAGGAGAAGAUCCUGGAUGCAGUGUACAAGAACAUGCCCUACUCACAGCGGCCGCGAGCCUCGGACAUGGACCUGGAGUGGCGGCAGGGCAGAACGGCUCGUGUGGUCCUGCAGGACGAGGACAUCACCACCAAGAUAGAGAGCGACUGGAAGAGGCUCAACACACUCAUGCACUACCAGGUGUCGGAGCGCUGCGUGGUGGCCUUGGUGCCCAAGCAGAUGUCUUCUUUCAACAUUCCCUGCUCAGCCAGCUUCCCACGCAGCAUCAGCCGAUACGGUGUGGACGUGCCCUUCCGCUCCACCCCGACCAGUCCCGACAGCCCCCACUCCCGCGUGCCCAUGCUGACCCCUGACAUGGAGAGCGGCGUCAAAGUGUGGCACUUGGUCAAGAACCACGACCACGGCGACCAGAAGGAGGGCGAACGCGGCAGCAAGAUGGUUUCUGAGAUCUACCUGACGAGGCUGCUCGCAACAAAGGGCACUCUACAGAAGUUUGUGGACGACCUGUUUGAGACGCUGUUCAGCACGGUGUGUCGAGGCACCGCCCUGCCUCUCGCAAUCAAAUACAUGUUUGACUUUCUGGAUGAGCAGGCUGACAGACACGGCAUCCACGACAUGGAUGUUCGCCACACGUGGAAGAGCAACUGCCUGCCUCUUCGGUUCUGGGUGAACGUGAUCAAGAAUCCUCAGUUUGUGUUUGACAUCCACAAAAACAGCAUCACGGACGCCUGUCUGUCUGUGGUGGCUCAAACCUUUAUGGACUCUUGCUCAACGUCUGAACACCGUCUGGGGAAAGACUCCCCGUCCACCAAGCUACUCUACGCCAAGGACAUACCGCACUACAAGAGCUGGGUAGAAAGGUACUACGCUGACAUCAACCGCCUGCCUGCCAUCAGUGAUCAGGAUAUGAAUGCCUAUCUGGCUGAGCAGGCUCGCCUUCACUCCAGUGAGUUCAACGUGCUCAGUGCCCUCCACGAGAUCUACGCUUACGUCAGCAAGUACAGCCAAGAGAUCAUUGAGGCACUGGAGCUAGAUGAACAGGCCCAGAAGCAAAAGUUGGCGUAUAAACUGGAGCAGAUCAUCUCAGCCAUGUCUGCAGAGAGCUGAGACCCAUACACACACACACACACACAUACACACACACAAUCAUAUACACAAUGUACACACUAAACACACACACACUUUAACGGAGGAGUUAUAAACCAAUCACCAACACGUGUGAACAUUAUGCACACACACAAACACACACUGAUGUAUACUACUAUGGACCUACUGUAUAACCAAACGCUACAUACACAUUCAAACACACACACAUGCAACUGUACAUACACAAACCCCAGCACACAUCAAACAGCAGAUUGUCCCAAAGCACGACGUUCAUGUCCGGUGUCAUCGUUUUUUCAGAAGAAAAACUCCAGCAGGCAAACGUUCAGCUUCACAAAACAAAACAACAAUGCUCCUAUACAGAGGGAGAGGAGGAGAGAGAGGAUGUCGGCCGUCGUUGUUGCUCAAUUUUCUGCCAAUCCUUUCUCCCGCUGGGCAACGCUUUGUCUUUGUAGUCGGUGCUUAUACUAAAUGUCAUAAAAACAGCACUUAAUAAAGAAAGACUCAACUUGAACAGUCACUGGAGGGGCUCAGCAGAGACACGAGCCGAUUUAAUGGGACGAGACACAGAGUACUUUUUAUACGUGGAAGAUGAAGGACGCUCGCUGGAGGUACAUAUCACAGGCCUGGCCAAUGGGAGCAGAGAUGUGUAACUUUGUGUUGUUAAGCCUUUUCCUGUUGCCUUGUAAAGGCUUGAAAAACUAAAGACCGUGGCAUCAUUGAUUCUCGUUCACCUACUUGAAACUCACUGUUUUAUUUUGUGUUUUUAUGUUUGUUUUUCUGCGAAGGUCAGAACAGUAAAUACAAAGUUUGUCAUUGACAAGGUGAGGCUUUAAUAAUCCAACGCCAAAUAUUGUUGUGUUUAAAUUUGAAACCCACAGGCAGUAUGUAGAUACAGUUUAUUUCCAAAUCCACUUCCCGGCUUUUUGUGCCAAAUACUUCUCAUGUUUCAUUCAUGUAAAUUCUCCCGUAGACGCUAUUAAUAGUACAGAAAAAAGAUCCCAUUUAAGAUAGGGAAUUUUGUACAGUGAUGAUCUAGAGGCCACUAAUUCAGCCAUUCAAAGAUAAGUGGAGACCAAAUGGACCUGUAGCAGCGAGCAUGAUUAAUGAUGCUCUUGAGCCUGAUCCAGGAUCAGAUUAGCCCUAACCCGGGACGCCGGCGCCCUCCGCGUUUCAUCAGUCAUUGUUUACAUUGAGCAUGAUACUUGAAAUGCACCGAGUGUACGAGAUAUGAAGAACAACUGCUGCUCCUGUGGAGUAAUCUGCUCAGAUUAAGGCAGAUGAAGACUUUGAUGCCUCCUUGAUUUCCCUGAUAAAUCCACUUUGAACGGAACCUGGAAUUUAGUCACAGGGAAGGAGAAAUUUCAGACCCUGGAGAUGUUGGAUCUUCUAAAGCAGGUGUUCCUUAUAUUCUGUACACAGAGUGGAUACGUGAUUAAUGAUGUAUGUGUGUGGAUCAGCAGCUGGUCUUUGUGAAGUGUAUUCAUUUAAUGUCCGAUGCUUCACCGUGAUGUCUUCGCUUUACAAACCCGACAAUUUCCAUGUUUCAUUCGAUUCACAUGUUUUCCAUUUGGCAUUCUGUGUAGAUGUGACCUGACUGCCUGUUGUCUCCUUGCUGCUGUAUUUAUAGAGUGCCAUAUCUAACCUUUCAAAAUAAUUAUCAUGAGGGAAAAAAGUCCGUCUGAGGUUUCUCGCUCAUCCGAGGUUUUAGUUUGAAACCUCGCCGCCGGUUAACUGUCCCAUGAAGAGUCACUGCGAUCGUCUGUCACAUGAAUUCUGAAGAGCUUCUUUUUGUACCACUUCAGUAUCAGUGGGGUGAACGUCCCCCCCACAGGACCUUGAUUCAUGUUCAUCCAAAAGAGAGAAAAUAAAAUAGAUAAUAAAUACAUUUCCCUGUUAAGUGUUGAAAUAUGUGACAGAGAACUUGUCUGUUUCAUCUGUGGUUCGAUAAUAAUGAUAAUUUAUAACUGUGUCGUGCAAUAAACUGUAAUGUUUUUUUUAAGCUAUAUAUUAUUGUAUAAAUACUGUACAUAAAAAAACAACUACUAUUUUGCAAGCAAAAACUUCACUUUGUACUGUUGUUAUACAUU